ACCAUCACCGCAACCAUGAGCAGCGAGACCGAGACCCAGCAGCCGCCCGCCGCCCCCGCCGCCGCCCCCGCCCUCAGCGCCGCCGAAACCAAGCCCGGCACCACGGGCAGCGGCGCAGGGAGCGGUGGCCCGGGCGGCCUCACAUCGGCGGCGCCCGCCGGCGGGGACAAGAAGGUCAUCGCAACGAAGGUUUUGGGAACAGUAAAAUGGUUCAAUGUAAGGAACGGAUAUGGUUUCAUCAACAGGAAUGACACCAAGGAAGACGUAUUUGUACACCAGACUGCCAUAAAGAAGAAUAACCCCAGGAAGUACCUUCGCAGUGUAGGAGAUGGAGCGACUGUGGAGUUUGAUGUUGUUGAAGGAGAAAAGGGUGCGGAGGCAGCAAAUGUUACAGGUCCUGGUGGAGUUCCAGUGCAAGGCAGUAAAUAUGCAGCAGACCGUAACCACUAUAGACGCUACCCACGUCGUAGGGGUCCUCCACGCAAUUACCAGAACAGUGAGAGUGGGGAAAAGAAUGAGGGGUCGGAGAGCGCUCCCGAAGGCCAGGCCCAACAACGCCGGCCCUGCCGCAGGCGAAGGUUCCCACCUUACUACAUGCGGAGACCCUAUGGGCGUCGACCACAGUAUUCCAACCCUCCUGUGCAGGGAGAAGUGAUGGAAGGUGCUGACAACCAGGGUGCAGGAGAACAAGGUAGACCAGUGAGACAGAAUAUGUAUCGGGGUUAUAGACCACGAUUCCGCAGAGGUCCUCCUCGCCAAAGACAGCCUAGAGAGGACGGCAAUGAAGAAGAUAAGGAAAACCAAGGAGAUGAGACCCAGGGUCAGCAGCCACCUCAGCGUCGGUACCGCCGCAACUUCAAUUACCGACGCAGACGCCCAGAUAACCCUAAACCACAAGAUGGCAAAGAGACAAAAGCAGCCGAUCCACCAGCUGAGAAUUCGUCCGCUCCCGAGGCUGAGCAGGGCGGGGCUGAGUAAAUGCCGGCUUAACAUCUCUACCAUCAUCCGGUUUAGUCAUCCAACAAGAAGAAAUGAAUAUGAAAUUCCAGCAAUAAGAAAUGAACAAAAGAUUGGAGCUGAAGACCUUAAGUGCUUGCUUUUUGCCCGUUGACCAGAUUACUAGAACUAUCUGCAUUAUCUAUGCAGCAUGGGGUUUUUA